GCAAGUCACGGUCACAUCGGCGCCGCAGCUACCCGCCGUUCUCGGUCCUCCACCCGCCGCCAGGCCUCCAUCAGCUUCAACAAUGGUAGCGGCGCCAUGAACAGCCUCGCGCACCGCAAGUCCACAACGGACCUGAUUACCCCCAGCUCCGACGUGCAGACACACGCCGUCAAGAAGCGGCGGAGCACCUCGAGCUGGCGCGGAUCCGGGCACCACUCGCGCCGCAGCGUGUCCGGUGCGUCCCUGUCCGGAGGGCUCUCCCUAGGAGACAUGGGCGGUGGCGUCAACCUGGACGGCAGUGGUAACAGCGGAUGCGGUGGACAAAUUGGGUUCGUGAACUACACGCCCAGUGAUCAUAACGUGCUCAUGACGGGUGUCGCUCCCAGCGGUUCCAGCAAGACCAAGGCCAGGAGAGAGAAGGAAGCCAUGGAGAGGCAGAGAAAACUCAGCGAGGCCAUGCUCAAGGCUGCCACGGCGGCUGGCAUGGAUGUCACUAUGCUGAAGGAGGAAGGCAUCGUCAUCUGAUGUGGAGGGAAGGGAAGGGGGGGGGGGGGAGAGGCGCAAGCAGAGACAAACAGACCUAUGUCUUUCUCUCUUUCCCUCGCUCUCUUCCGCUUCGUCUUAGGCGUGUAUGCGUGUGUGCGUGUGUGCGCGCGGGCGGGAAGUUCACGGACGAAGUAACACCGUGGCAAAGGGGAAUACCCUCCCCCCCCCCCCAAAGCGCACUGUCCUUUUUUCCUGUUUCUUGGUUUUGUUUACUGGGCGUUGGUUUGGUUUGGUUUCCCUCCCUCAUUCUGUUUGGUCACGUCUGCUUCUUCACCAGACUUGGGAACGAUACUUCUCAUUCGAUCUGCAGCGCUCUUUAGGCGUUGUGAUAUGGGAAUGUAUCUUGGGAAAAUAAGGUCAUGGGUGAUUCGGACUGUGAUCUAUUAAUUGAACUCUUCAAGGAGUAAUUGGGAGGGAGAAGGCAUUCGGGCCUGUAUUUGGGGAGUUUGGGGAUCUAUGUAAUGAGGAAGGAGGAAGGAGGCGUUGGGGCCAAACGGAUGGGAUGAUUGUGGGUGAAGAGACGCCAGGUCGCGUAAUCGUCUGUCUGUUUUCAACAAACACGUUAUUGAAUCGCUCCUUGCCUUCUUUUUCUAAUUUCCUUUUCAUUAUCAUUAAUAUCUCCCAGUUGCGAUCAGAAACUUGGGAAGAGGCAGCUUAAUAUAUCUUUACCUUG